CCUACCGAAUGCACGUGCGUUUCGGUUGAGCAUUUGGUUUUUAUGUUUAUUUAUAAAAUGAUACUCUGACAGUUGAGAAAAUGAUUUACUUUUUAAAUAUUUCGUGCUAAAGGAAUUAUAAAUUAAAAAAAUAUGAUUUACUAAAACAGUUUUAUUUUAUAUAUGAACGUACUUUCCCAGAGAUUGCCAUUUCGUCGACAGUAAUUUCACAUUGCUUCGUGUUCUACUACUAUUACUCAGUAUUAGUAGUAGUUGGUAUUAAGUUAAACAUUGUUAUGGAAGUUCACAUUAAUGAAAACAUGAACAGUGAAAGAAGCCACCGAGCAGAGCCAGAUUUUCUCAUGGCAUUAAUGGCAGGAUCAGCAGCCGGUUUAGCUGUGGACAUCACCCUUUUCCCACUAGAUACAAUCAAGACACGACUACAAAGUGCACAAGGGUUUUGGAAAGCUGGGGGAUUCCGAGGUAUUUAUUCAGGAUUGGCCUCAGCAGCAACAGGAUCAGCCCCAAAUGUUUCUUUUGCUUUAGCGGCAGCCUUUUUCUGUACAUAUGAAAUGGUAAAACAACUUGGCAGAGGCUGGGUUCCCAUGUCCUUUGAACCUGUCAUUCAUAUGGGAGCUGCAUCUUGUGGUGAAGUGGUUGCCUGCUUAGUACGUGUGCCAGUGGAAGUUGUGAAACAAAGGGCACAGACUAGACCAGAACUUAAUAGUUGGUCAGUGUUGAAAAGGACUCUUAAAACUGAAGGCAUUUUUGGCCUUUACAGAGGAUAUUUAAGUACGGUUAUCAGAGAAAUUCCAUUCUCGCUCAUACAGUUUCCUCUCUGGGAAGUGUUUAAGAAAGUCUGGUCUGCCCAUCGUGGACAAUAUGUAGAUUCUUGGCAGUCAUCUGUUUGUGGAGCUAUUGCAGGUUGUAUAUCUUCAGGAAUUACAACCCCAUUAGAUGUUGCUAAAACUCGAAUCAUGUUAGCAGAGAAAGGGAGCUCUACCUCUAAAGGCCAUAUUUUACCAGUAUUAAGGGACGUAUGGAGAGAAAAAGGCCUCAGAGGACUAUUUGCUGGAGCUGUUCCUCGGAUCAUGUGGAUAUCGGUGGGAGGAGCCAUCUUCUUUGGAGUUUAUGAGGAAACAAAGUCCAUUUGGGCUUAUUAUUAUCAAAGAAUCCUAGGCUAAAUGCCUCAGUACUAACUAAGUGUUUCAAAUGUAGAUAUUUCAUUGCUAGUUUUAUUCAAUGUUCUUCAAAUAUUGAACUUGUGUUAAAAACAUUGUUUUAUGUUUGUGUGACACUCAUGAAAUAAAGAGAAAAAAUUAACAGGAGUUUGUAGGUCAAUGAUUGAAAAACGUUUGUAUUGUUUUUAUAGGAAAUUUUUUUAAUUGUUUGUAAUCGUUCAGCAUUCAAUAAAUCGUAUGCAAGCACAAAAAUGUUUGUGAUUUUCACACAAGAAAAACAGUUUAGUUCGACAAAGGAUGAAAGUUUAAGUUUGAAGUCCCAAGAUAGUUCCUUAUAUUAGCUACAAUGGAUUGCAGUGUUCUUGGCACUUUUGAUGACAAAUCGUAACUUUCCUGGACAGCAAUAAGUUUGCGGACUUACAAUGCUAAACUCCAGGAUUCAAUUUCCUAUGUGGCUUUGGUCAAAAACUUUCCUGGUCUGUUUUUCACCCUGCUUGAUUUACUAACAUAGUUCAACACUACAGAUCUCCACUUUUUUCAAUGCUUUAACUUUAAGCCUUGCAUGCUUUUAUAAUUUUGAAAGAUAAAGACUAUUAAUGCAAACCUGCCAUAAGAGGCCAAUUUUAGGCACCAUUUGCAUUUCCUGAAUUGUGUCAAGAGGUUCAGUACUUUUAAUCUGUGUAUUCACAUUUCUUCAGGAUGAGCAAGGUGGUUGAAUAUUCAAAUUGUUACUUAGGUUUUGGAUAACUUUUUAUAACUGUGAUUGAUAAUCUGACGAUAAACUGUUAAAAAAUACAUUUGGGUUAAUAUGAGGAUUAAUUCAAAAAUGUUGUAAGAACAUGAGUAAAUUGUACAGAAAUUGCCAUGUUUUGGUGGUAACGUUGAACAAUAAAGAAAUUUGGUAGACCAAUUUCUCAUAUAAUACUUAGCAUAAGUUUAGAGUUUAGUCUCUUUCUUCCUAAAUUGCAGUGAAACUCAAAAU